GCUAAUCUGCCAUUUGCGUCAUCUAAAGCUCCACAACAGAUUGUGAUAAAUACCAAGUAACACCGAGUUAAAUGCCUCUUCAUUGUACGCACUGCUUCAUCUCUGGCUUGGCUCUUUCUUAGCCGGCCUUUAACCCAUUUCACAGAGCAAGGAUCUCUCCAUUCUUUGCUCUUUUGUUUCGAUCAGUUCAAUUGUAUCUUGUUCUGUGAUCAUUUCCCCCGCUGUUGCUGUUCAUCCGGCCGCCUACAAAUAUUUCCCCUUCACCUUCAAGAGUACGUGGAUUCUUGUUCUUUUUCCAUCUUUUGCGAGGUGGGUCGAUCUGAUUUUGGCUCUAAAUUGGUGGUUCAGAUUUGUUUUUGUGAUUUGGAUUGGUUAAGAUCGCUGGGUUUGUUUAGAAGAUUGAGUUUGAUUCAUAUUUUCUGGAUUUAAUUUGAAAUGGUCUAUUUCCAUAGCUCAAUCUCGGUCUGCAAUUCCGUCGACCAAUCAACAACAGUCAUGGCAAAUUCUGUGAAUUCCAAUGAGUUGCAUCCAAAAUCAAGGCACAGUAAUCAUGUGCACAAGAGUAGAAAGACAAAUAAUCAUUCAAAUUGUUCUAAUAUCCCUGUUUGUGAUCGAUCUCGAUCAGCUGUUGUUGAUGUUGUGAUCUUGAUUGCUGUUAUUGGUGCUUGUGGAUUUUUGUUAUUUCCUCAUAUCAAGUUUGUAACCCUCUAUUUGAUUGAAUUUGUUGGUGCCUUGCAUUGUGUGGUUAAAGAGGAGGUUAUGAGAAAUCCAAUGAUAUAUGCAUCUAUAGGAAUUAGUACUUUUUGUGCUGCAAUAGCUGCAUGGAUAGUGCUUACAUGCACAACUAGGAAAUGUGGAAAUCCGGAUUGCAAGGGCUUAAAGAAGGCAGCUGAAUUUGAUAUCCAGCUGGAGACGGAGGAAUGUGUGAAGAAUUCAAAUGGUACUUUGGUAAAAGAUGGGGUGAAAAGAGGUCUAUUUGAAUUGCCCCGUGAUCACCAUCGUGAAUUGGAGGCUGAACUGAGGAAGAUGGCACCACCAAAUGGAAGAGCAGUCCUGGUGUUUCGAGCGAGAUGUGGAUGUUCUGUUGGAAGAUUGGAAGUUCCGGGACCAAAGAAGCAAAAGAAGGUCAAGAAGUAGGACUUAUUAUAUUUCUUAGUUUUAUAGGAGGGAUAUAACCAGUACAGGAAUUCACUCAUAAGGGAGAGAGGAGUGUCUGCUCUGAUCGAUCUUCUAGGAGCUACCUUGUCCUUUAAUAAGCUCAUGGCAAUAAGUUGUAAGAGGUUAUAUAUACAUUUGGUUAAUGGUUAUAGUGGAGAGUAUAAGAAUUCAGUAA